AUGGACUUCGUCGAAGUCGUCGUGCUGCUCGUCGGAUGCUUGGGUGCCAUUGGGAACGGCCUGUCCCAGCCCUUGCUGUGCAUCGUUUUCGGGGACCUCAUCGAUGGCAUGGGCGAGGCGACGGGAGGUGCGGAGUCCUUCACGCCGGAGCAGAUGUUGGGUGCUAUGGAUGGCAUGAUGAGCCAGAUGGAGGAGCUGUGCAUCACCAUGAUGCUCGUGGGCGUCGGCGCGACCUUCGCAGCCUUCUUGCAGGGAGCCUGCUUCAAGAUCUUCGCUGAGAAGCAGGCCUUCAAGUACCGAGUGCUCUACUUCGACACGGUGCUGCACCAGGACGUCAGCUGGUUCGACACCAAGGAGGUCGCGGCCCUGCCUGCCGAGAUCAACGACGACCUGGAGAAGAUCCAGGAUGCUUUCGGCGACAAAUUCGGAAACGGGGUGAUGGCCAUUUCCGCCUUCCUUGGCGGCUUCGGCUGUGCCUUCGGAAUGGGUUGGCUCAUUGCAUUGGUGAUGUGCUCCAUUCUGCCCUUCAUGGGCGUCGGCGCCGCCUUCAUGGGAAAAGCCGUCCAGGAGAUCCAGAACGAGUCGCAGAGCUGGUACGCCAAGGCUUCGGCCGUGGUGGAGGAGUGCUUGAAUGCCAUGAGAACCGUAGUCGCCUUCGGCGGCGAGCACCGCGAACUGAAGAAGUUCUCUGCUGCCCUGGUGGAGACGCGCCGUGGCGGGGUGAAGAAUGGCUUCAAGGUCGGUGCGGGCAUGGGUUACACCAUGAUGAUCAUCUUCUUGGGAUAUGGCUUGGCCUUCUGGUUCGGCAUGACCCUGAAAUACAACGAGGAGUUGAACCCAGCCACCGGAAAGGAAUGGGAGCCCGGCACGAUCAUGGCCAUCUUCUUCUGCAUUUUCAUUGGAAGCUUCAUGAUUGGCAACUUGGAUCCAAGCCUCAAGGCCAUGAAGGCAGCUCAGACGGCAGCCGGUCGCUUCUUCCGCGCCCUGGAGAACAAGCCCGACAUCCAAUGCCGCGUGGAGGACAAGCGCGAGGACAUCAGCAAAAUCGAGAAGUUCGAGUUCGAGAAUGUGCACUUCACCUAUCCGGCUCGCCCCGAUGUGAAGGUCCUGAACGGCCUGUCCCUUAGCAUCCAGCGCGGGCAGAAGGUCGCCGUGGUCGGUGAGUCCGGCUCGGGGAAGUCCACGGUGAUGGCUUUGUUGGAGCGUUUCUACGACCCGGACUCCGGGUCUGUACUGGUGAACGGCCAGAACAUGACAAGCUUCAAGAUCUCGGCCUUGCGCCGCUGCAUCGGCUAUGUGGGCCAGGAGCCCGUUCUUUUUGCCAGCUCCAUCCGACACAACAUCAUGCAAGGCAACCCUUCCGCCAGCAAGGAGGACUUCGUGAAGGCCUGCAACGACGCUCAGCUGGGCUUUGUUGAUAAUUUGCCAGAGAAAUACAACACUUUUGUUGGGUCGGGUGGCGGCCAGCUGUCCGGAGGUCAGAAGCAACGCAUCGCAAUUGCCAGGGCCUUGCUGAAGAAAGCGUCCUUCCUCUUCUUGGACGAGGCGACCAGCGCUCUUGACAACACCUCCGAGAAGAUGAUCCAGGCCACCAUCGACAGCAUCAGCGCGAACACGGCCGAUGGCUUGGGGAUUGUGAGCAUUGCCCACCGCCUCAGUACGGUGCGCAACUCUGACCUCAUUUACGUGUUGAGCCGCGGAACCUUGGUGGAGCAUGGAAAUCAUGCUUCCCUGAUGGAAAAGAAGGGCACUUACUAUGCCCUGGUUGCUGCACAGGAAUCCUCCCACAAAGCAGAGGAUGAAGAGAAGGAUGCGGCCGCCAUCAGCAAUGACCACACUGCGCAGAACGUCGUGCGGCGCUCCUCCACGAAUUCCGGCGAGUCGGAGACCCAGCGCGUGAAGCGGGAGAAGGAUGCAGAAGCGAAUCGCGAGAAAGAGGUUUUGAAAAAUUACAAGGUUCCCAUGCGACGACUGCUGAGCUACAACAGACCGGAGUGGCCUUUCUUCAUUCCUGCCAUCCUUGGUGCCAUGGUCGACGGCUCCGCGAUGCCGGUGUGCACGAUUGCGUUGGUCGGGUCGAUGAGUGGCUUCUUCAAGACAGACAAGGAGGAGAUGCGGGCCGACUUGGAAAUGAUGGCCUUGACUUUCGUGAUCAUCGGCGUCAGUGCCUUCAUCGGGUCCACGGUCUCCCACGGCUGCUUCUCCAUCCUUGGCGAGGCCAUGACACAACGCCUUCGCGUGGCGAUCCUCACGGGCAUGUUCCGUCAGGAGGUGGGCUUCCACGAUGAUCCGGCCAACACCCCCGGCAUGCUGUCCAAAGCUUUGGAGCUGUGGGCCUUCCGCGUGACGACCUUGUGCAAGUCCGUGCAGGCCAAGGCCGCGGCCAUGAGCUCCUUGGUGGUAGGCCUGGUGAUUGCUUUCGUCUACUGCUGGGAGAUGUCCCUGGUGAUGCUGGGCUCCAUCCCGAUCAUGAUCGCAGCGCAGGCCAUUCAGAUGCUCGUGCUGCUCGGUGCCUCAAAGAACGAGAACGAGAACAUCACCAAUGCCAACCAGAUUGUGGUGGACUCGGUGAUGAACGCUCGCACGGUGCAGGCAAUGGGUGUGGAGAAGGGCCUCGUAGGCAUGUAUGUGAGCUGGGUCGAGAAGUCCUUGGUCGGCAUGUGGAGGCGCAACAUCCUCGCCGGAUUGGGGUUCGGCAUCUCCAAUGGCAUCAUGUUCUUCAUCAUGGCAGGAGGCUUCUACGUCGCUUCGAUCCUGAUCAAAGAAGGCAUCGCAGACUUCGAGGGCGUGAUGAUGGCUUUCAUGGGCAUCUUCUACGCAGGCAUGGGAGCUGGCCAGGCUGCCGUGAUGGUAGGCGACGCCACGAAGGCGAAGGUUGCCUGCCACGACAUGUUCCAGCUUAUGGAUCGCAUCUCAGCGAUUGAUGGCUUGGAGCCAACUGGCGACACUCCCAAGCAGCUGGAGGCUGGGCAGAUUGAGUUCCGAGACGUGAAGUUCUUCUACCCUUUCCGCCCAGAGGUCCAGGUACUCAAGGGCAUCACCUUCAGCAUCUCUCAGGGACAGUCUGUGGGCCUGGUGGGUCCAUCUGGUGGUGGCAAGAGCACAGUGAUGUCCUUGAUCCAGCGCUUCUAUGAUCCUCAGGAAGGCCAGGUCUUCAUCGGUGCGGACCGCGUGGCGCUGAAUUCCGUGAACAUCCGGUGGUGGCGUCGUCAGAUUGGCUUUGUCGGGCAGGAGCCCAUCCUCUUCAACACCACCGUGCGGGCCAACAUCAUGUACGGCCUGGAUGAUGGGGAGACGGUGAGCGACGAGUAUGUGAGCCAGUGUGAGAAGAUGUCGAACCUGGCGUUCUUAUACAAGAACGGCAACAAGGGCUUGGAGACAGAGGUCGGGCCCCGGGGGAGCCGCCUCUCUGGUGGCCAGAAGCAGCGCGUGGCGAUCUGCAGGGCUUUGAUCCGCAAUCCGCCGGUGAUGCUGCUGGACGAGGCCACCAGUGCCCUUGACACCCAGAGCGAGGCGAUCGUCCAGAAGGCAUUGGAGGCAGCGCGCGAGGGGCGCACCUCCUUCGCGAUCGCGCACCGCUUAUCCACCAUCCAAGGCUGCGACGUCAUUCUAGUGAAUGCCGACGGCCGCGUCGUGGAGAAGGGAAACCACGAAGAGCUGAUGGCCUUGAAGGGAGUGUACUACAAGCUCCAGAUGCAGGCACAGAAAUGA